CGCGCAGUCGGAAUCGCCAUUUGAUUCGCGUUGGUAGUCGAUGAUACACACUCGUGUCCAAGAUGGCGUCGCUCAUCGACAACUACGAACAGCAGUACGCCGUUCUGACAGCUGACAUUACCGCAAAAAUCGGUCGGAUUAGGAUCCAGAGUGGCGGUGAGAAAAGGGCCUUUAUUCAGGAUGUCGACCGGCAAAUUGAAGAAGCUCAAGAACUGCUGGAGCAAAUGGAGCUGGAGGUUCGUGGGAUAAAUGGAACUGCUCGCGAUCGCCUGCGCGGUCGUGUAGAGAGUCACAGAGCAGAAUUGAAACGCUUAACGCAAGAGUUUCAAACGGCGAGAAAACCAAAAGAGGACAUUACAGAGAUCACAGUGGAUGAAUCAUGGGACAACAAUGUAACAGAAGACCAAAGAAAAAGACUGUUGGAUGCAUCCGAGAGGGUAGAACGAUCGGGGCGCACGUUACAAAAUGGUUACCGUAUGGCGUUGGAAACAGAGGAAAUCGGCUCUCAGGUGUUAAAGGAACUUCACGAGCAGCGAGAAACGAUACAACGAAGCAGAGGGAGGUUACGCGAAACGGACGCGGAGUUAGGGCGUGGGUCUCGAUUAUUAACAGGAAUGAUCUUUCGGAGCCUUCAACAGAGAAUUAUCUUAGCAGCAGUAGCGUUAGUUCUUAUAAUUGUUGCGUGCAUUGUGAUAUAUUAUAGCUUUAAGUCUAAGAGUUAAAAAAAAAAAAACAGAUGUAUUCUCUUCGGCCAGAUCCACCAGAUGUGAUUUGGAAAUCAUAUUUAUUUAAAAUCAGAGACUUCAAUGUUAUUUCUAUCAAAUUGCGAGGUUAAGUAACUAUGUAUCAUAUAUAUCGUCUAUCUUGUACUUGUUUGUUACAUUUUGCUGCAAGACACGAUCUUUGCUAUAUGUACAUAUUUUCUCAUCAAUUCAUCCAAUCAACAUUGGACGACUGAAUGAACCUUGAUCUCUUAGACGAAAACCAACAUAGCAAACGAGUACAAAACUGGCAAAAUAUCACCAAACAAGAACAAAAAAUUCCAUUCAGUGUUAUUUAAAGUCUUAUAUAAAAAAAUAUUGACCCAUUCUCUCGUAGGAAGAUAAAUCUUAUAAAGCGGUUUCACUAUUCUUUCCUAUCUGCGCGACACAAAGACAAUUAGCAUCAAUGAAACAAUUAUCAAAUGCAUUAUUUUCGUAUAGCGGAAAGAAUCGUAAAACCGCUUCGUUGUUAUCUCUUUAACGUCAGAUCUGGAAGAUCAGUGGUAAACACUUGUCCUGCAUUCAUGUUUCGAGAGAUACUCCGAACCACAAAAUAUAUAUCCAACAAGAAAUGUAUUUAUUAAGUAAUAUUCAAGGUUUUUUUCGACGCGUCGAUUCUAUUGGACAUAUUGAAAUAUUAUCCCUUCGAAUUAACAACUACUUAUAAUUGUUGUAAUCUUGACUUGAGCCAUAAUCGAGCGAAUUCACUGACGGACUCUAUUAAUUAAAAAAUGCAUUCUAUAAUUUAUCUCUUAUACGAGAAUAACAACAGUCGCCGAGUACAUUACGUAAAUAAGGAUCGAGUUGUACAUACAUCCAUCAUCGAAAGUAUCAAAGGAUGCUUGUAAUUGAGAAAGAGAGAGAAAGAAGGAGAGAAACUAGACGCGCCUAAUAAUAACUCCUUUUAUUAUUUUUAAUGUUAUUAUUUAUCUUAAUUAGCCUAAACGGUGCUUUUGUCUGCGACCCUCUAAUGUACCUGUGAAAAUGAUAUAUAAUAAAAGUAUCGAGGGUUAA